AUGCCUGCGUCCAUCCACGCUCCCUCCAUCCACGCUCCCUCCCCAUUCCGAGUCGAUGACAGCAGCAAUGAGGAUACGGAUGACCCGACUAUUCCUAGCGAGCUCAGGGAAUUCCAGGCGAGUCUUCUUGCUCAGCCCGAUGAUACCAUAAGAUUUCAGCAAUGUGUCGCGAAGCGGGACGAACUCUUGGCAAGACAUGAUGGGAUCGAAGUCCUGAUUGCGGAUUAUGAUAAGGUGAUGUCUUCUGGGUGCAAGCUCUAUAAACAGCAGAGAGAAUCGCGCCAGCAGGAGGCUAGAAGCAGUACGACUACGGAUGAGGAAAUUGAGCAAUGGGACCGGUUCAUUGGUGUUGCGAGGGACGGUUUGAAAAUAAAAAGGACUCAACUUAACGCGCUCAAACAAGUCAGCAGAUGCUGGGGUCAAGAUGUACUUCAGUAUUAUGGGUGGCCCUCACUUGGUGUGAGGUUUUGCAAACUCCUAGCAACUGCUGCAAAUCAAAUUGCUUCAUGGGAGGAAGCAUGCAUUAAGCUUAAUAGGCUGAUGCUCAGGAGAACUCGAAUUCCUGGAAGGCGCCCAAUUAGAAAGGCGAAAAAUCCUAUCUCUCAGAUUGAUUUGGAGAAUCUGAAGAAGUGGACGCAUAGGAACCCAUAUAUCAAAGACAACGACCCGGAGAGAGAACCACUUCCAUUUCAACAGCUAGGUAUUGACGAGUUACCUGAUGGCUAUGGUCUGGACAAGUUUGGUUUAUUUGUUCUGGGGGACUUUGCUGCAGCUCCGAACUCUGAUGAACAGAGCCCCGAGAGUGAAUCAAGAGAGGUUGGAUCAGAAAAUAACCCCGCCCAUUCUGUGAACGGAUCUUCCCAACCGCGCGAAACAGACCAAACGAACAAUCCCGAGAACGAAACCCCCAAUCCCGCGAAUGAAUCUGAUGAGUCGAAGAAUGAAAAUCCUCAUUCUGUGAAUCAGGCUUCUCCACGACAUGAAUCCGACCAAGAGAGUGAGUCUGGGAAUGAAGGUGAUAAUCUGGAGAGUGAAUCCGACCGAGAGAGUGUCUCCGGAAAUGAAGACAGCCACAAUACCGAAAUCAAUGACCGGGAAUCCAACCAAAAGAGUGAAACAAGACUCCGUCACCGGCUUCCAAAGGUUUACAAAGAGACACCAAAGCGCAUGCGGCGCCAGGGAAGGCGUCGUUGCUGUUCAACUCUACCAUCUCACAUUCGGUCUAUGCUGGAUGAUCUACCUAAGAUGCAUACGGACGGCAAGGGCUUCCUUAGACAGUUAAUGCCUUACAGGAACUCUUUGUGUUAUCAGCACCUUAGGAAGUUCACUAGUAUUACCACAAGGAUUGCCCUAGACGAUGAAAGAAGCGAUACUUGGAGAGAAGAUACAAGUGAAGUCGUUCCUUCCUCACAAAGACCAACUUUGACCCGACGGCUGUCUGCACCAGACCUACAUUACAGGGCAGCCAAGAGAAUGCGUUUCGAUGACCAGAAUUCCCCCGUCCGUACUAUGAAUCGUGGGUAUGAGCGACCACAUGACCCAGUUCGCGAUGAGAGAUUUAUGAAACAAGUCCUUGAAGAAAUUGUGGGGAGGCUUCCACAGGAGGCUGAAGACUCGCAUGGGGGAAUUACGAAUAGGUUGAUUCAUAGACUCUUGACCCGGAGCAAGACUGCUGAUGAUGGUAUUGAUGCACAUUUUUGGUCUGGAAAACGUGCAGCGGCGGAAGUCGAGUCUGGGAAUGUCAAUAUUCCAAUCAUUGUGGAAUCUCAGCAGCCUUUUCAGUGGAGUGGCUCAGAUCGCCCCAUAUUGCAGCUUUUCCAGCGCAUGGGAGGCUUUCAUCGUGAAGUGUCGGUGCAGAUCCCAUCCCGUGAUGGUGAACUCGAGUCCUUUGAAAGUCGCACUCUUCAUGAAGUCCGCGAACGAUUUCUCAAAAAUGAAGUAGCUGAAGAUCCCUGGAAUGUCCUCGAUCUACACAAUCCGAUCCCAUCAACCCUCCCAACCUUCCUAAUGGGGGAAAAUUGCCAACUUUUGUCACGAGUGCGUGAUGUAGUUUUGAUGGGAAAUAGUGCUGAGAGGCCUGUGGCAGCCAUUGACACCUGGAAUGAGUGGAAAAAUGUUCUUGAAUGGGCCCUUCUCUGUGAAGGAGGCCACAACACAGCACCUCAUAUGGACAGCCAUGGAUUUUCUACGUGGUUAACAGUCCAAGAGGGACAGGUUGGUUUUGGCUGGAUGUCGCGCCCAACAAAGGAUGAACUAGAUGCUUGGAUAGGGGAUCCCCAAGGUUAUUUGGGCGGGCAAUGGAGAUAUGUUGUUCUGCAACCUGGACAAACUAUCUUUUUCACUUCUGCGACGAUCCAUUAUGUCUUCCGUAUCUCGAAGGGCCAGACAUUGAUGGUUGGUGGGCAUAUCCUUCAGUGGUCGGAUAUUGGUCGAUGGAUGGAAACCAUGAUUGCUCAAACGAAGAAUCCAGAUACCACCAAUGAGGACAUGGACUUUACUGCUGGGAAGUAUGUCAAGGCGGUUGCAGAUCUUAUCCAUGACCGGGACAGGAGCAUUGGUGAUUUGGACAAAGAAAUGGUUAGGAAGUUCUUUGAGAAUGUCAAGGCUUUUCAGAGGAUGAGGCAAUCCGGUUCUCGCAAGAAGCACGGGCAUCGGCACGGACAAUAA